AUGAGGCUUUCGCGAGGAGGCACUGUGCUGGUUUCUGUCCUCGCAGCGCGCAUACAAGCGGCGCGUAUCGACCUCCAUGUCGACAACGCGCAGGAGGUGCUCGGAAGCCCCAAAUGGAGCGCUCUUCCGAGCUCCUGGAACCUGACGGACCAAGGUAUUCGCAACACGACGAGCAAUUUCAUCUUCGACACCGCCAACACUUUCCUCCAACACUGGACGCACACCCGAUAUCGCAAUGGCCAUAACCUAGUCCCAGGCGUCGUCCCCGUCGGCACCCUCCUCUACCACGGUACAUACAAGCACGAGCUCCCCAAAGUCCCGGAAUGGCUCGCCACGGACCCAGAGCACUCCUACCUGUUCUGCCGCGAACACGACGGGACGGGCUGCUGGCAUCUCACGCUCGUGGCGACGCGUCCUUUGAAGGUGCUAUACUUCGACGGGAGCAGCGCGGCGAAGAUGCUUGGGGGCCCGAUGGACACCCAGGACUUGGUUGGGUGGGGCGAGAUCAGGCCGGAGUGGGUGUUCCAGGAAAGGAAGCGCGUGGAUGAUUUAUGUGAGUGGGGGAAGCGGUAUGGUCUCGGUGGGUUUGUGAGGAUGGAAAUGGACUUUGAAGUCAUGCUCUGCGACUUCACAACCGGCGUGCAGACCGUCUCCUUCCUCAACCUCAAAUCCAGCGGAUUCAUGCGCGGGCCACGUCCACCUCGUCCCUCUGGUUCUUCUCCUCCUUCUCCUCCACCAACCUCUUCACCCGUCAACCCACCGCCCUCUAGCCUCCACCCUCAUGGUAACGGCAUGGACGUCCGUGUACUCGAGUCCGGGAGCUGGCACAACGGCUUCCCGGGCGAGUCGCGCGUGAAGCUCGACUACUCCCGUUUGAUCUCGUUCUACGACGAGAGCACCUUCCCCAGCCUACGCGCCGCAAGGGAGGGUCAGGAGAGGUGGGACCACCGUCUUGCUGGGAUAAGCAAGGAGGAUGUGCAGACGAUGUUCAGGCGCCUGGGCGAACUUCUCAAGGGCUGGGACGGGAGAGUCGAGGGGGAUAGUGGUGUGGACUGGCAGACACUGCUGAAGACUGUGGCGGAGAGAUACGACGACCGGCUGGAGGUGCUGCAGUAUAUCCUCAAUGUGACAGAGGUAGACGACGCGAGGGAUGUUCUCGAUCGCGCGCAUAGUCACGUUGACGGCCUGCUCGCGCCGUACGUCCUCCACUCGUCUGUGCCUCCCAAGACCCCGACAGAAGGGUACACCUGGGCCGAGCCGGUCUUUGAGCAGUGCUCUACCACCCAUACGAGCUACCUCGACUCUGAUGUGUUCCAGUCAGUGCUCACGCCGUCAGAACGCCUUCUGCUGAGCGCGGUCAACAACGUCUCGAAGGAGAUCUGCCGUAUACUCGUACUGGUGUGGGCAGAGGGCGAGGAGCUUGGGCUGAGCGACGCAGAACGUGACGACGGGUUGACUACAACUCUCAGCGUGUCCGAGGCGAAGGAUGUCCUCGCGAAGUGGACAACCAGCGUCGAAAGCCUGAUGGGCUGGUUGGACUGGAGCUAUUGGGUCAAGUGUCGGCCUGCGUGCAGCUACGAGGAAAUGUGCUACCUCCCCACCUGGCCGUUCUUCGGUGGUGGACCUAGAGGUCCACGACCGCCCAAGAACUCGGAUGAGGACAAGGAUAGGUACUCCUCGAAGUUCUUGAACUGGGUAUGGGGCCUCGAGAGCUCUGUGCCUCCUGGACUGGGAAGCCGCAGUGUUCUUCCUGGAGGGGGCGAUGAUGACUGGUCGAGGCCUCAGCCGAGGUGUAUUCGGAGGAUGGAGCCUUACGCUGGCGUCUGA